AUGUCUACUCCUCCCUCGACGGGUGCUACCCCGAAGCGAGACUCUUCUACUAUCACGAUGCCCGUCUUCGGAGAGGAAAACAUCAAGAAGUCGCCCGAUUCGCUUGUCACCAAGGACCACUCAGUUGUCCGUCAGCCUUCUGACGUUGCGGCUCUUGCUUCUUCUAAGCUCGUCAAUCAGAAUGCUCUUAAGAAGAAGACAAAUCAGGAGCCCGCCACUAUUGCCGGCACGAACCCCAUGGACAUGCUUCUUGCCAAGCUUUCUGAGCAGCAGGCCGCUCUUGACCAGCAGAGCGAGGCGAUCAAGAAUUCUGACGACAAAAUGUACACGCGUGGCUUUGAUCAGCCUCCUUCUGCAAGCACUUCCGUUCCCAUCACUCCGGCUACGGAUUCCUUUCCCAGUACCGCUCCGACCACUCGCCCCGCCAGCGCUACCCUUAAGGAGAACCGCAGCAAUGUGGAUGAGCUUCUUCGGCUCAAGAUGGAACUCGCCAAGGCGCAGAACAAGAUCAACCGCCUUGACCACGAGCUUUCACAGACACGCUCGAUCAAGCAGGAAGACGAAAUCAUGCAGCCAGUGCCCUCGGCCCGAUCUGGCAUGCUUGGACCCGAGAACGCUUGGGGUCCGAAUGAUGACAACAGCUCGGAUGCAGGCGCGCCCUCUGUUGGAGGCUACAACCGCUCUCGCGGCAUUUGGGGCAAUUCGAGAACCCCCUUCUCCAACAGCGCUGCAGCUAUGCCCGCCUCCGACUCGCAGUCUAUGGCGGGAGAUUGGUACGGAGGUGGUCGUGGUGGAUUCAACCAGACCUACAUUGAUCCUGUUGGCCCCUACCCAGUGGGUGACAGCUACCGUGGAGACCGCAUGAACCAGGACACUGAGAUGUUCUCUCGUCCUCCGAGCAGCCGCCGCAACAAUCGCUUCGACAACUCUCGCUGGCCAUCCCCUCAGCCGUACGGGGGCUCCAACUUCGGAUCGGGCUACGGCUUUGCUCCUACCCCUGGUCCUUUCGGCUCUAUGGUCGGUGGCCCAGGUGUUCCCGGAAGCAACAUGAGCUCCGAUAUGUAUCAAGGCUACAAUCAGCAGUCCAUGGAAAGCCAGCUUUCCCCUCAUGCCACUGAGUUCACUGCCAACUCUGGCUGGAAGAGUGAGGCCAUCGCCACCGAGGGUCAGACGUAUCUCCCUACCACCGAGCCCCUGAACUACCGUCGCCUGUUGGACCGCAACGUCAAUUGCAACUGGAAGUAUAUCGUUGACAAGAUCGUCUGCAACAAUGAUCAGCAAGCCUCUAUUUUCCUCCAGCAGAAGCUGAAAGUCGGCACGCCCGACCAGAAGUAUGAGAUUGUUGAGGCCAUCGUCGCUCAAGCCUACCCUCUCAUGGUCAACCGCUUCGGGAACUUCUUGGUCCAGCGCUGCUUUGAGCAUGGAACGCCCGAGCAGGUCGUCAAGAUCGCAGAAGCCAUUCGCGGCAACACCCUCAGUCUUUCCAUGGACCCCUUCGGCUGCCACGUUGUUCAGAAGGCCUUUGACUCUGUCCCGGAGGACUACAAGGCCAUCAUGGUUCACGAGCUUCUUCGUCGUAUCCCGGAGACAGUCAUUCAUCGCUACGCAUGCCACGUUUGGCAGAAGCUCUUCGAGCUCAGAUGGUCUGAAUCCCCGCCUCAGAUCAUGAAGUUUGUCAACGAAGCCCUCCGUGGCAUGUGGCACGAGGUUGCACUUGGCGAGACUGGAAGUCUUGUCGUCCAGAACAUCUUCGAGAAUUGCCUGGAGGAGGACAAGCGCCCCUGCAUCGAGGAGGUUCUUGCCAACAUUGACAUCGUUGCUCAUGGUCAGUUCGGUAACUGGUGCAUCCAGCACAUCUGUGAGCACGGAGCCCCGGCCGACCGCUCCCGUGCCAUUGACCACGUCAUUCGCUACGCCGCAGAGUACAGUACCGAUCAGUACGCCUCCAAGGUUGUCGAAAAGUGUCUCAAGAUUGGCGGUGGAGAGUUCCUUGGCCGCUAUCUCGACCGCGUCUGCGAGGGUCGAGUCGAUCGCCCCCGCAUCCCUCUCGUCGACAUUGCCAGCGAUCAAUACGGCAACUAUUUGAUUCAGUACAUCCUCACUCAUGCUGGCAUGCAGCACCGCGAGGUUGUGGCUGCCCAUAUCCGGAAGCACAUGGUAUCCCUUCGUGGAUCCAAGUUCGGUUCCCGCGUUGGCAUGCUCUGCACCAACCCCGCCGUCGCUACUCGCCCUGGCCCCGGAGUCGGUCCUGGCAUAGGCCGCAUGGUCGGCGGUGGCCCUCGCUUUGCUAGCGGCAGCAGCUACCGCUGA